CAGGAAGUCCCGCCCCGGAAGCGGGGGUCUGUGCGGGCCAUGGCGGAGCCUUGGAGGCAGUGGGCGCUGCGGUUGCUGGUCGCGCGCCGGUCUGUGUACAGCGCGGCCCCGUCACGGGACGUGCUGCUCUUCGAGCAUGAACGGGACCGGUUCUUCGCCGUUCUUGGCCUGUUCUGCGCGGGCCAGGGUGUCUUCUGGUCCUCCCUGGCCGUGGCAGCCUUGUCCCGACCUCCGGGCCCGGCGCGGCCCCCGACUCCGGAAGCCCCGGGUCGCGGCGGCUUGGACCUGCGCUCGGCGCUCUGGCGCUACGGCUUGGCUGUCGGCUGCGGCGCCAUCGGGACUCUGGUGCUCGCGGCUGGUCUUCUCUUCUCUGUCCGUUCUGUCCGUUCAGUGAUGCUGCUGGCCGGAGGGCAGCAGGUGACCCUCACCACCCAUGCCCCCUUUGGCUUGGGGGCCCAUUUCACUGUUCCCCUGCACCAGGUAUCCUGCAUGGCCCACCGCAAUGAAGUCCCUGCCAUGUUACCUCUGAAGGUCAAAGGCCGGCGCUUCUACUUCCUCUUGGACAAAGCUGGACACUUUCCCAACAUGCAGCUCUUUGACAACACCGUGGGUGCUUACCGGAGCUUGUGAAGGACUGACCUUGGGUUAUUGGCCCCUCACAGAGGGGGAUAAAUUGAACCUUAGGGACAGGAUGAAGCCAGGGUCACCCAAGGGGCCCAAGAUUCAUAAACAGCAAAUAAAGGAGCAGUCAAGGGCAGCUGACGGUACCUCUAAGUGUU